CCUGAGAGGGGGUGAGCUGACACUGUCCCAGCUGCCACCUAGACUCAGGAGCCCAGCGAAGAAAUCCCAGCCAUGGCCAUGCAGAAAAUCUUUGCCCGAGAAAUCCUGGACUCCAGGGGCAACCCCACAGUGGAGGUGGACCUGCACACGGCCAAGGGCCGAUUCCGAGCAGCUGUGCCCAGUGGAGCUUCCACAGGUAUCUAUGAAGCUCUGGAACUAAGAGAUGGAGACAAAUCUCGCUACCUGGGGAAAGGGGUCCUGAAGGCCGUGGAACACAUCAAUAAGACUCUAGGCCCCGCACUGCUGGAAAAGAAACUAAGCGUGGUGGAUCAAGAAAAAGUUGACAAAUUUAUGAUUGAGCUGGAUGGGACAGAGAAUAAGUCCAAGUUUGGGGCCAAUGCCAUCCUGGGUGUGUCCCUGGCCGUGUGCAAGGCCGGAGCAGCUGAGAAGGGGGUCCCACUCUACCGACACAUUGCAGAUCUCGCCGGGAACCCAGACCUGAUCCUCCCGGUCCCUGCCUUCAAUGUGAUCAACGGGGGCUCCCAUGCUGGAAACAAGCUGGCCAUGCAGGAGUUCAUGAUCCUGCCCGUGGGAGCCCGAUCCUUCAGGGAAGCCAUGCGCAUCGGUGCUGAGGUCUACCACCACCUCAAGGGGGUCAUCAAGGCCAAGUAUGGGAAGGACGCCACCAAUGUGGGUGAUGAGGGCGGCUUUGCACCCAACAUCCUGGAGAACAAUGAAGCCCUGGAGCUGCUGAAGACCGCCAUCCAGGCGGCUGGUUACCCCGACAAGGUGGUGAUUGGCAUGGAUGUGGCGGCGUCUGAGUUCUAUCGCCACGGAAAGUAUGAUCUUGACUUCAAGUCACCUGAUGACCCCGCACGGCACAUCACUGGGGAGAAGCUGGGGGAGCUGUAUAAGAGCUUCAUCAAGAACUAUCCUGUGGUCUCCAUCGAGGACCCUUUUGACCAGGAUGACUGGGCUACCUGGACCUCAUUCCUCUCGGGGGUCAACAUCCAGAUCGUGGGGGAUGACCUCACAGUCACCAACCCCAAGAGGAUUAGCCAGGCCAUUGAGAAGAAGGCCUGCAACUGCCUGCUGCUGAAGGUCAACCAGAUCGGCUCAGUGACCGAAUCCAUCCAGGCCUGCAAACUGGCUCAGUCUAACGGCUGGGGGGUGAUGGUGAGCCACCGCUCCGGGGAAACCGAGGACACGUUCAUCGCUGACCUCGUGGUUGGGCUCUGCACAGGACAGAUCAAGACUGGUGCCCCCUGCCGCUCAGAGCGUCUGGCCAAAUACAAUCAGCUCAUGAGGAUUGAGGAGGCUCUCGGGGACAAGGCUGUUUUUGCUGGACACAAGUUCCGUAACCCAAAGGCCAAGUGAGAAGCUGGAGGCCCCAGGAUUCCACGGGACAGAUCUAGGCCUUCAAGCCCUUCCUCCUGAAAUAAACACUGGUGCCAACCAA